AUGAUUUCGGAAAUUUUGGAAGAGUUCGAAAAAACCGUUCCCUCAGGAAACGAUCAGAGUCAUAUGACUUCAGUUGAACCAGACCUCACAAAGCAAAAUAAUGAUGAGCUGAUUCCGGAGGAAUCACUAGAUAGAAAUCAAAUUAUAGAACAAGGUCUAAUACAAGAGCUGUGUGGUACCUUUGGCACCUGUUCAUCCACAUCCACUGAAGACAAUAUCAGCUCUACCAAUACUAAUUCCUCUUGCAAUAGAUCAGAGAAUAUGAUUUUGG